CUGCUUCUUGCUUCCUGCUUCCGCUCGGGACCUCGGUGCUGCUCGUCCGUCGCUUGCCGCGCCCGCGGCGCCGGCCUACCUCUGGUGCAGUGUUUCCCCCAUAACAAAGCGGCUGAGAUGUUUGACGUGAAGGCUUGGGCUGUGUACAUUGUGGAAUGGGCUGCCAAGGACCCCUAUGGCUUCCUCACUACGGUGAUCCUGGUCCUCACGCCCCUGUUCAUCAUCAGCGCGGCACUGUCGUGGAAGCUUGCAAAGAUGAUUGAGACCAGGGAGCGAGAGCAGAAGAAGAAACGGAAACGCCAGGAGAACAUUGUGAAGGCCAAACGAGCAAAGAAGGAUUAAAUGGGCAAGAAAGGCCUUCCUUGGGCAGAGAAUUCACUUUAUUGAUGGAGCACUGCUGUACAUUUUGUGUUGUAACCAUCCUUUGAUACUUGAUGCUGUUGUUUCUUGAAUUAUGAGAUUUUAACUUCUUGAGAAUAUUUUUUUUCUGCUGAAAUCAUCUGUGUUAGAAGUUGCCCCAGUGACACAGUCACUUCAUCUCCUGCUUAUAUUUCCAUGCAGACUGCUUCUCUAAAUUUGCAUGUUAUAUUUAAAAAUGAAAUAGUCGGGGAGCAUUAGGGGCAUAUCUUUUUCCUUAGCUGAGCUAUGACUCAAAGAGAGUCAAAUUAUGGGGAUAAUGUAAAUGACUCCUUAAUGCUAUGACCUUUGGUUUCUUAGUGUAGCACACCCUUCUCCAUUGCAGCAGUAGUUCAUGUUGUGCUUACGUGUAUUUGCAGUUCCUGGUUUAACUGGACUACAGGAAGGGAGGUUCUGGUACACCUGCAGCAGAGCUACAGAGCAGCUAGCUUCUGAGCUUCUUGUUUGCUGUUGUGUUUGACUGACACACUUUCAGGGCAUGCAGUGCGUAUGGCUGUGCAGUUCAUUCACUGCAUGCCCAUCAGGUCUGCAGUAGCUCAGCUCAUGGGGCUUGUCUGCACCAUGAACCAAACUGACUCCUCCUGUUUCCUCCACAACCCACCCAUCAGCAGUCUUCAAAUUCAGCCCAAACUCUGGGAAACCGAUUGCUUAUCUUCAGUAUCUUCAUUUGUCUGAGGCUACUCGUGUUCUACAGAGUACACUAUAGUGUUGUCUGGUUUUCCCUAAUUAUCACCUGAACAGUCCAUCUCUAACUUGUUUGUCUGCAGAAGCUUUUUUGCCUCAAAGAAUAGCCAUAAGUGGGAUCAGAUGAAAGGCCCAGGUGGCCUUGAGUUCUGUCUUUUGUGACCUGUAGCAGUUGGCCAAGGGAGACUACCCAAGUAUGAUAUGCACGCUGGUGACACAAGUUCUUCCUAAUUGCUAGCCCUGUAGCUACCUGCACUUUAGGACCUUCUGAGUUCAGGUGGUAUCAUUUUGUUCUGAUAGCUCUUGAAGAUCUGCUGUACGCCAGGUUACAAAAUGCUGGCAUAGCAGAAAAAGUCCAAGUGAGGUUUCUGUUGUAAAUACGCCAAAAUUUUUUAACCUCGAUUCCAAUUCAUCUUUUUCUAACAAAUGAUUAAUUUUUCACAGCCUGACUUCUAUCAGCCUAAUUCUAAAGAGUCUGUGGAAGUCAUUAGGUUUUUAGACAGCAUAUUUCUAAAUGGCAGCAUGGAGCUGUGCUUUCUAGCAACUAGUCCAUUAUAUGGUUAAAAGUAAAAUCUUAAGAUAAUGUCCCAUUCAGCAGAGACCUAUAGAGCUAGCUGACAGCAGCAAGAUAAGGGGGAAGUUUUACUGAAAUGACUUGAAGUAAAUAUGAAGUACUUAGCUGCAACCAGUAUCUGAUGACCAUCUUUCAGUUCUGUUGGUCAGAACAGCAAGCAUUACUGGAAUGAUGUUUUGACACUUUGUGGUACAUGACAUUAAAUCACCACUCUUGGAAAUGUCAAAUGUGUAUGUAUUCCACCUUUGAUACCUAGAUAGUUCAAAAUGCAUACCUACAUGGUUUAAAAUAAAUUUGAUACUUUUUCAAAAUAUACUUUUUAAAAAAAUUGCGUGACUUUUAUUUUGACUUAAAGUUCUCAAACAUUCCUAAGCAAGUAAAAAUUAAUUUUUGGGAGGAAUAUUUUUAUCAGGAAUAACCUCAUCUCCCAGAACCACUUGGGUAUUUUUCAUUUGCCUUACUAAAUACUUCCAACCUCUAUUAAAAUAGUGGUAAACAGUUUAAUUCGGACUGAAUCUAUCCCAUACUUACUGCUGGUAGCAACUCAAAUGUUAUUCAAAUACAUUAAUUCCUUUAUUAAAAUCAAAAGAAUGUCUAAAUUACUGUAGGAUGACAGCAAUUCCUGUUAGUGAAAUUAACUUUUCUGUCCAAUUAUCAGAAGCUUGAAAGUUCAGCACACUGGUACAGCCACGGGAACUAACAGGAAUUAAGAACUACUUUUAACACCUAUGUUUGAGAAGAUAAUGUAUGUGUACUAAUUAAUUGAAAUUUACUACAUCAGAAACAAUGUUAAAGAUGAACCCAUCUUCAAGAAAAAAGCAAUUUAGAUUCAUUCAAGAAAACUACCUAGAAAACAUACCUUCCAUGAUUUAAUGAAUAAUUCAGGAAAAUAAAAGCUUGAGAAUGAAAUUCCUCAGUAACACAUCCUGUUUUCCACUGAAUUCAAAUGUUUUGUAGUAGUUUGGCACAAUUAUGCCUCUCUGAACAAUUUUGCAAAAAUAAAUGAAACUCAGAUUUAAUACUACUUUAUUGUGCACUCAAUAUAUACAACAGCUGUUUAUGUUGCCUAUUAAAGCAUUAUCCAUUGGCAA